AUGGACCUCUUAGACUUUGAGUCUUCUCCAUCACAACUCUUGAUGAGUUCCGGCAUUGACCUCAACGCCAUGAACAUGAACAUUGGCUAUCAGCCCGGCAACCAGAGCCAGGGCUACGGGCAGGGGCAGAUGAUGAAUCCCGGCCAGCCGCAGCAGCAGCCUCAACAGCCUCAACAGCAACAGGGAAUGGGGCAACAAGGUAUGGGCAUGUCUCCGCAAAUGAACUUCCACAUGGGUCAACAGGGCCAACAGGGCCAGCAAGGACAACAAAUGGGCGGUCUUCCUCGAUCCCAACAGACCCAACAGACCCAACAGAGCCAGGGACCUCCCACCACUCUCAACCCCCAGCAAAUGGCUCGAAUGCACCAGGUGGCGCGUCAGCGGUUCAAUAUCAUGACAGAAAUCAACAAGGAGCUGAUCAAGUGUGCCAUUGGAACGUCGUCGUUUCAUCCGCCCAUCGCCCAGGGCCAACAGCCCAAUCCGGAUCCCGAGGCCUACCGUUCGGUGCUACAGCGUCUGCAGUGCAACCUGUUGUACAUGGCGUCGUCGGCGGAGCGGCUGGGCAAGACGCCGGCGCUCAAUAUCGACAUGGCUCUUUCAGCGCCGUCGAUUCUGACUCCUCCCGACUGCGCGCCGUUUCUGGGCCAGUUGUACCAGCGACUCAAACAGAUGUUUCCCGACCAGAAACCCAUGGCCCAAGUCCAGGGCCAGCAGGGAAUGGGUCCAGGACAGCCCCAGGUGCGACAGCAACCCCCGGGUCAGGGCCAGGGUCCCCAGCAGCAGUCGAUGCCCCAGCAUUCACCUCCGAUGAUGAACCAGAUGCUCGGUCAGGGUCAGCAGAACCAGGGCGGCCAGCAGAACCAGGGCGGUCAGGGACCGGAUAUGGGCAUGAAUCCGAUGAUGAUGUCCAACCAGCAGCAGCAGCAGCAGCAGCAGCAGCAGCAGCAGCAACAGCGGUUCCGGAUGCCGUCUGUGGGAGGAAUGAACAUGAUGGGGGGACAGCCUCACCCCCAGCAACAACCCCAGCAACAACCCCAGCAACAGCCGCAGCAACAGCAGCCGCAGCAGCAGCAGCAGCAGCCGAUGAACGACAUUUCCAUGUUUUUCAACACCAACAUGUAA